UCCUUUAUGCAUCAGGCCUGACCUGGGUGGAGCUCGUAGUGGUCACUCUCCAGUGACCAUAGCCAGGGCUGCUUGAGCAGGGCAGUCUUGUGCACCUGGGGCCAGGCAGUCUGUCAAAGAGAUAUGCUCAAAUGCCAAGUAGGGGGCACAUCCCAGUGUUUUUAUUGGUAGGUCAAAUCUACUAUUGGCCACAGCAAUGGAUGGCCAAGGCAACAGGAGGAAUUUAACUGCUCCUUAAAUAUCCAGAGUGGCCUGUGACUAUGGCAGGUGAUGGCCUCCACUCUGGCUUGGGACCAAGAUCUGCAACUUCAAACUUGUCUUCUGAGCCUCAGGGAACACCUGCCAGAUGCAAUUGUGUGGGAUGAUGGCCAGGGUGACUCUAAUGUCUGGAUGUCCUUCCGGCACAGACUUGUGCUGAUUAUGGACAGCUAUGUAGGGCUGCUGUGACUCUGGGGACAGGACUGCAGCCAAGGCACCCAAGGCACCUUCAGGUCUUCUGGGUGAAGAACUGUUGGCUUGUGGCCAGUAAGAGGGUUCCUUGACUCUGGAAUUAGGACCUCUCUCCCCCAGGUGACAGACACUGCAGGAUAAGGACCCGGUGUCCCCGUCUCCCCUAGGCGACAGGCACUGGCUAGAAAGCAUGCAUACCUGGCUGAGUGGCUCCCUGCUGCAUGGACAUGGUUUAUGCUGCAUAUCCAGUUACUCCUAAGGGAGACUGGGCUUACUUGGGUCCUGGGAUCGUAGGACAAGGUGAGUAGACUCUGCAGAGAACAGAGAAGGGCCAGACCCUUCACUUCCUGAGCCCCCUUCUUGGAAGCUUGGUAGUCCAUGUCCCCCAAAUAUUCAAUGGCUUGGGGUGCUGGCCAGAAUCUGUCCACACCUGGACCGUUCAUCUUGCUGGGCUUCCCCGGGCCACGGAGCCUGCGCAUUGGGCUUUUCCUACUUUUCCUGGUCAUGUAUCUGCUCACAGUAGCUGGAAACCUAGCCAUCAUCUCUCUGGUAGGGGCACACAGAUGCCUGCAGACACCCAUGUACUUCUUCCUCUGCAACCUUUCCUUCCUGGAGAUCUGGUUCACCACAGCCUGUGUGCCCAAGACGCUGGCCACUUUUGUUCCCCUGGGUGGAGCCAUCUCCUUGGCUGGCUGCGCCACACAGAUGUACUUCGUCUUUUCUCUGGGCUGUACCGAGUACUUCUUGCUGGCGGUGAUGGCUUAUGACCGCUACCUGGCCAUCUGCCUUCCACUGCGCUAUAGUGGCAUCAUGACACCUGGGCUGGCAACACGGUUGGCCCUGGGAUCCUGGCUGUGUGGCUUUUCUGCAAUCACAGUGCCCGCUGUCCUCAUUGCCCGCCUCUCCUUCUGUGGCUCCCGCGUCAUCAACCAUUUCUUCUGUGACAUUGCACCCUGGAUAGUGCUGUCCUGCACUGACACACAGGUGGUGGAGCUGGUGUCCUUUGGUAUUGCUUUCUGUGUCAUUCUGGGCUCCUGUGGUAUCACUCUGGUCUCCUAUGCCUACAUCAUCACUACCAUCAUCAAGAUUCCCUCUGCUCAGGGCCGGCACCGUGCCUUCUCGACCUGCUCAUCCCACCUCACAGUGGUGCUUAUUUGGUAUGGCUCCACCAUAUUCUUGCAUGUGAGGACCUCGGUAGAGAGCUCCUUGGACCUCACCAAGGCUAUCACAGUGCUCAACACCAUUGUUACACCAGUGUUGAACCCUUUCAUAUAUACCCUGAGGAACAAGGACGUGAAGGAGGCUCUGCGCAGGACAGUGCAGGGAAAGUGAGCCACUGCCCGCAUGCAACUCCCCUCAGAGGCUGCUCUGCAGGACUUGCAUUGACUGUCCUGCGGGCCAGUGUCAGUGUUCAGCACCUUUCCCCCUACACGGCUUAGAACAACAACCGUCCCAGUUUCUACUCUCAUGGCUUUGUCCAGGAAUGCUUGCUGAGCUGCUCCUCCCCCGCCCCUCCCCCCAGUUUCAGAAAGAUUCUGGAAGGGAAAAAGAGGAACAGGGUUCUGGGUCCCUAGGAGAUCCCUCUCAAGGAAUAUAAAUAUUGGACACUGCACCAGUUCUGGCCAGACUCCCUACUAGGUCUGCCUCUUGGUCCAAUACAAUCUUCACCAACCUACAGAUGCCAGCAAGCCAUAUCUGGAGUCUCCAAGAAGGAUAUGCUAGGCUAUCAGGAGUUCAUGCUUGCAGAGAUUAACCAUGGUGACAAAAAACAAAACCAAACCAAAACAAAAAAGCCCCCAAACCAAGCAUAGAAAGCUGAGAGGAACCUGGCAACCUGCAAGGGCUCUUUGGACUCACACUAGGGUCUCAGGGCACUUACAUCACAUGUCAUACCUUUUUGGGGGUGGAGGUACAGGAAGGGGUCAGAGGGAUCAUGGGGCCCUGGAUACCUGUGUGGCUUCAGGCUCCGGUUGGAAUUGAGGAAGGAACUGGGGUAAUUCUCUUGUACAUGGGUACUCAUUCUUGGAGCGGCACAGAAGGGGUUUGUCACAUCACUAUUCUGAACCCGUGUCUUCAUCCACAAAUGGGACCAUGACAGUACUGUCCCAAGGAACCCUUGUGAGUAUGAAUGACAGAGUGUGUCCAGAGUGCUUCGAGCCAGGGCCAGAAAAUGCCAUUAAUAUUGUUUCAUAAUUUAGUAGAUAAAGCCAUGUAGACUGUUCUAUUUGUUUAUUUAGAGACAUUGACUAAUGUGUCUCAGGCUGGCUUCAAACUUGCUGUGUAGCUGAGGAUGACCUUGAACUUCUGAUCCUCUUGCCUCUGGCUCCCAGUUGUUGAGUUUACAGGGGUGCACCACCAACGCUCAGGUUGUGGUACUGGGACUUGAAGCCAGGGCUUCGUGAAUGCCAGACAAGCACUCUACUGACCAAGUAACCCCCCAGCUCGCAGACUGUCCUGUUCCCUCAUUUUAUCUUAGACAACCAACAGAGCCUGGGAGCUCUAUCUUGUCCACCCUGAUCUCUCAGCCCCGAGGGACCCCAGAGAGAGCUGGACUCCUUAGGGGGCCUGCAUUGAAAACAAGUGGUUGCUCACCUGAAUUUGGAGAGACAUGAGCUUCCUGAGCCUGCCUGGCCCGUAUAGAGGGCUGCUGUGUGAUGGGUCCAAGCUCAGCACGCAACUUACUCAGGAGGGAUUAUUGGGUCAGAGGGUGCUGGAGCAGGUCUACUGGUAGGCCCUCCAUAUCCUCUCCAAUAUCACUUCUGGGGCUCAUCACAGGCUGCCUCAUUUAACACUCCUCUGGCCCCAUGUCCUAACCUUUAUGCUUCCCUGUUCUGUCCAACCCAAGGCCAAGGCCUAUAUGAUCCACUCUUUGACUUUUCUCUUUACUGUCUUCCAGAAGGGAAGCUCAAGUAGGGCAUAGAAGCUCUUCUCUGCAGUGACCCCUGCCCAGAAUGGAGCAUAGGUGCAGACACCACCCACCUAGAAUCCCCCAUCAUCCAAGGUCUGGAGCCAGAGGAUGUGCUGACCCUAAGGCUUACACACUCAACUGGACUUGCACACUCAGGCAUCUCUGCUGCUGGCACUUGUGUAUUCCAUUUUUGUGGUUACUUUCCAAAUGAUGAAUUAAAGAGCAUCGGGUUCAGCCAUUCAUGUUUGAUGGAGACGUCAAUCACACACUACACCAAUGUGGUUUCACGACCUCCAGCCACUCUCGGGGGACAGGGGUAGUGUUCAGUGUCUGUGUUCUGCUGUGCAACAGCCUCUUUGCUGCUGGCUAGCCAGACACUCCGGGAUCCCUAGUGAUGUACCUGAGGCAUAGAGCAGGAACAGCACUCAGGGACUCCUUAGGCCCCUCCUCUGUCAUCCUGACAUGGAACUGCUUUCAGGGACUUCUUUACCAAUUCCUCUCCUUGGAAACUGUGGCCACUAGUGGGUGGCCCCAAGAAAGAGAGACAGAGUAGGUGAUUGGGGGCAGGGAGGCAAUCAGUGCCUUCCUGGCUCUCUCACUUUGGGUCAAGGUGCUGGAUGCAGCCUUGGGUGGAGGGUCCCACCCUUGGGCUUAACCUGGCAGAGGUCAUCAAGUACCUCUCAUCUUUGAUAAUGUCCUAGAUUUUUAUGGGCUGUGACAAGAGGCCACACUGUGCAGUGCUCAGGGUUUUGAGUGGGCCCUGCAGUGUGCUCUGAAUAGGAAGU